AUGAAGCUCACUAUCAGCGCAUUUCUCCUUUCCAUGGCCUUUGCUACUCUGGCGGAGGCAAAAAUUGCGACCUUCACCUACUCAGGAAUCGUCACAAAGAAAGGGGGUGUAAAGUGCUCCGGUCGUAUCGGGUACCAAGUCAACGACGACGGCAACGCAGCGCCAUAUAAGGGCUCCUUUGCAAUCGACGGCUGCAUCGGAGGCCACAAGACACUGGACGAUGGGGUCUUCACCCUCGACAUCAACGCCAACGAUCGUACGGCUACUCUCAGGGAGAAGUCUACCGGUCUUGAACUGAAAGGAAGUGAGAGUGAGCACGUUGGUACCCAAGCACCUUGCCGUAAUUCUUCGUGCCCUAUCGCUACCAAGCAGACCUGUUAUUUCGGGGCAUCAGAAGGGACUCAGCYGACGACGAAGACUUGUGGCUUGAGCGGAUGA